CGACCUCUGCCUUGCGUAACCAUGGCCCAAAGUACUAUUCUCGACAAACAGCCUGCAAAGUCUCUCUAUCUAGCUUACUUUGUGAGCUCUCUUAUCAUCUGCAAGCUUCCGUUUUGGUCUGUGCGGUAUGCUCGUCCCUCCCAGCGGCCUCGUCCAACCUGGACCUGGAAACGCACAAUGAUCAUCCGGACGAUGCAGGAGCUAUUCUCAUGCAAAGUCAAGGUCAAAAUCGGGUCUGGAAGAGAUACACUCUCAGCCGUCCCCGACAGCUCUCUAACUGACGCCAAGUUCGUCUGGGUGGAGGGGAUCGAUGAGUCGUUAUACUGUGGCGAGAUCCGCCGUCUGGGGGACAUCACUGGCGUCCUUCCCGCCCGAAUCGCGGGUUAUUGGUUGCUGAAGAAGGGUGCCGUCUGGGACGGUCCCAAGGCAAAGCCUGGCGAAAAGACUGUCCUCCACUUGCACGGUGGAGCGUUCUAUAUUGGCUCUGCGAACCCAUCGGACAUCACAGCAAACUUCACUAGAGGACUGUUGGAGCACUCUCAGAGCCUCGAUCGGGUCCUUGCCAUCGAUUAUCGCCUCACCGCCUCUGCCCCCAACCCUCCUGCUAACCCUUUCCCGGCCGCGGUCCUUGACUCUCUAGCCGGCUAUCGCUAUUUGGUGCAAGAUGCGGGCUUCGCACCCGAAAACAUCACCAUCGCAGGCGAUUCGGCUGGAGGAAACCUCGCCAUCGCGCUUGUACGUCACCUCGUCGAGAAUCCCUUCCCUUCCCUGCCACCUCCAGGACGCAUCCUCACCGUGUCCGGCUGGUUUGACCUCUCCAUGUCUCAUGUUGGUCCGGGCUCUUCCCACCUUUUGAACAGAGCCAGUGACAUCUUUGGCCCGUUGAAGCCUGGCCGCCUCUUUGGCGAGUACGGGAUGACGUCGCUGCGCGGGCCGCUGGACUUCGAGGUGGUGAAGACCAACCGGUACUUGUCCCCAUCAUCUCUCGACUGCGAGCCAAUGAAGGGAAAAGGCUUGUUUGAAGGCUUUCCGGAGACCUACGUUGCUGCUGGGGGGGCGGAGCGAGCACUAGACGAGUCCACUGCAUUAGUUGAACGAAUGAAGGCGGAUGGGGUGACGGUGGUUGAGGACUUCCCACCGGAUGCUACGCACGACUUCGUCGUCUUCAAGUGGCAAGAGCCCGAGAGAACAGAGGCACUCGCAAGGAUGAGCGCAUGGCUUGAUGGUCAGUAGUUCUGAUGUAGAUGCUCGUGCUGUCAUGUUUCUCGAAUAUGCGUAAUGUGGCAGUAGAACAGACAAUCGGUUGGUAUACCACGCGCUUCACGAUCGUCUAUAUGUGCAUUCUACUACUUCGGGGAGGAUACC